AUGCCUCGAGAAUUCAGGGCUCCCCAGCCAAGAGCUGGCAAAGCCUCCUCUAACCUGGAGCUGUACUUCUCGGUCUUUUUGUUUUGCUCCAUCAGCAGUAUCUUGUUGGGAUACCUGGCACUUCAGGGUGUCAAGUCCGUGCUUGGCUCGAGGCUAAGACGGAGAUCGGUCGCCGUGCGGAAUGCCUUGAAGAAGAGGGUCACAGGGAGAACAAAGGAGAGGCCUGUGGUCAUUGGCUUUUUCCAUCCGUACUGCAACGCAGGUGGAGGUGGUGAACGUGUUUUAUGGACAGCUAUUCGUGCAACGCAACAGGAAUACCCUCAUGUCAUAUGUGCAGUCUACUCCGGUGACAUUGAUGCUGCCGCCGAAACCAUCCUCUCUAAGGUCCAACAACGUUUCGGAAUCAACCUCGACACCAAUCGCGUGGAAAUCGUCUUCCUAAAGAAGCGACAUCUGGUCAGCGCAAAGCGAUGGCCUCGCUUUACCUUGGCUGGCCAAAGUGCCGGAAGUAUACCCCUCGUGUACGAGGCAAUCAGUGCUCUAGUCCCAGACAUCUUCAUCGACACCAUGGGUUACGCCUUCACCCUUCCAGCCGUCUCCUUCCUCCUCGACAUCCCCGUCGCAGCAUACGUUCACUAUCCCACCAUCUCCACGGAUAUGCUUGAAAAGGUCCCCUCUCAACGCUGGGCCAAACUCGUCUACUGGCGUGCCUUCGCGAAGGUUUACUCCUGGGUUGGAUCUGCCGGCGAUGUAGUCAUGACAAACUCAUCAUGGACUCGCGGUCAUAUAUUGAGUUUGUGGGGGAAGGGGAGGGAUCCAGCUGUUGUGUAUCCGCCGUGUGACACGAAAGCGCUGAGGGAGUUGGAUAUUACGAAGGAGCGGGAGAGGAGUAUUUUGUGUUUGGCGCAGUUCAGGCCGGAGAAGGACCAUGCGUUGCUUUUGAAGGCAUUUGCGAAGUUAUUGAAGGAUGUCGAUCCGGCGAUGGCUACUGGACCUGAGAAGGUGAACCUCGUUCUCAUCGGCUCGGUUCGCGGGGCUGAGGAUGCGCAACGUGUUGAAUCACUCAAGAAGUUAGCACAGAAACUGGGUGUGGAUGUGAAUGUGGAGUUCGUCUGUGAUGCACCAUGGCCCGAGGUCAUCCGGAGACUCGGUAAGGCAUGGGUUGGCGCAAACGCAAUGUGGAACGAGCACUUCGGUAUUGGAGUGGUGGAGUACAUGGCAGCGGGUUUGAUCCCUGUUGUACACGAUAGUGCGGGGCCGAAGAUGGAUAUCGUCGUACCACUUGAUGGUCAGCCAACAGGCUUCCACGCAACUGAUGAAGGUUCUUUCGCACAGGCAUUUCACCAAGCUCUUACACUCCCCAAACCAGAGGUCAAUGCGAUGCGAGCCCGUGCUAGGGCGCAGAGCGACAAGUUCAGCGAGAAGGUAUUUGAUGAUGCUUGGCUUGACAGAACAGCGCGGUUGUUGGAGUUGGAGAGUAAGAUGAGGGCGGCGCGAAGGACGUAA